CUGCCGCCCAAGCGAAGGACUGUGGGAUGCUGGGCGGACGGAUAUCCUGCUGGUUGCCUUUUUAUCUACGGCCGUCUUGAAAGGUUUCGUGUGGCCUUGAACAAAACCAGGGAGAGGCCCGAGCCCGGAAGAGGAAGCUACAGAAGCAUUGCAGCAGGGGCGUGAGGGAGGCCCCCGUCUGCCCAGUUGCGCUGCUUGAGUCUCGCCGCCCGACCCGCCGUUUUCGUAUCGGGCAGAAGCAGCGCUGAAGGACUGACGUGCGGAGGCUGCGUGUCUUCCCCUGACUCUCUGUACUCCUCGUAGCAGAACAUGAUCACUGAGACACUGUCAUUGAAAGAAAGUCAGAAAAGUAUGAGGCCUCUCAAGGAGUCACUGGGAACUGAAGAGGGCUCUACCUGUUUGAUCACAAUUGUCUUUAUUGCACUCCUCAUAGACUUGUUGGGUUUCACCCUCAUUCUGCCACUCCUUCCUUCAAUACUUGACCAUUACAGCAAGAAUAAUGAUAGUUUCUACAUGAUGUUACAGCAUGGGGUGGACUGGUUCACUAAAGUGGUUGGUGUGCCUCCUGAAAGGAAGUACAACAGUGUUUUAUUUGGAGGUCUGAUUGGCUCCAUAUUUUCCAUCCUUCAGUUUUUUGCCUCUCCACUCACUGGCGCUGCAUCAGAUUACUUUGGGAGAAGGCCGAUCAUGCUGUUGACUGUGAUUGGUUUGAUAGCAUCUUAUUCCCUGUGGGCCAUUUCCAGGACCUUUGAGCUAUUUAUCUUCUCUAGAAUUAUUGGUGGAAUAAGCAAAGGGAAUGUCAGCCUCUCCACUGCAAUAAUUGCUGACUUGCAAAAUCCAAAAGCUCGAAGUAAAGGCAUGGCAAUGAUUGGUGUGGCUUUCUCCUUGGGUUUUACCCUUGGACCUAUGUUUGGAGCAUACCUCGCCAAGGAGACAGAGAAAGGAGAAGUCUUCUAUGUUCGGUCUGCUAUCUUUGCUGUCAUAUUUGCAGUUAUUGAGUUGGCUUUCAUCUUCAUCUUGUUGCCGGAGACGCUCCCGGAAGAAAAGCGGGUAUCAUCCAUGAUGUCUGGCUUUCGGUCAGCAGUUGGCCUGAUCAGUCCUUGGGCUUUAUUCCAGUUCUCUGCAGUCAGCCAAAAGAUGGAAACAUCUUCAAAAGAGAAUCUCAGGAUCCUAGGCCUGGUGUAUUUUCUAUAUCUCUUCCUGUUUUCUGGUCUGGAAUAUACUCUGAGUUUUCUUGUCCAUCAGCACUUCCAAUUCAGCAGCCUGGAACAAGGGAAGAUGUUUUUCUUCAUUGGAAUUACAAUGGCCAUGAUCCAAGGAGGUUACACUCGCCAAAUUAAGCCAGGAAAUGAACUAAAGACUGUAAAAAGGGCAAUCAUGCUGUUGGCUCCUGCUUUCCUUUUGAUUGGCUGGAGUUCUAAUGUGAUCCUCCUGAGCACAGGAUUGUUUUUCUUCUCCUUUGCUGCUGCUACUGUUGUUCCUUGUUUGUCUACAGUGGUGUCUGGCUAUGGGCUUGCAAGCCAAAAGGGAACAGUAAUGGGCAUCUUAAGGAGUCUGGGGGCCCUUGCAAGAGCUUUUGGACCAAUUGUGUCAGCAACAGUAUACUGGCUGGCAGGAGCUGAAGUUUGUUUCACCAUCUGUGCAUCUUUGUUCCUUCUUCCCUUCAUUCUCCUUGGACGCAUUCAAAAGCAAAGGAAAGAUUAAUCAGCAACUCCAGAAAACUACAGAAGUGGCUGAAGAAACCAUUUUAUGGAACAUUGUGCACUUAAAUGUUUGGAGUGCACAGACUGCAAAAGUUGAGCCUCAUUGUUAUUUGUGGGAUGCCAUGGUAAUGAAAUCUCAGUUGCGGUCUUUCAGUAAACAAUACCUUUGUCAUAUAAGAUAGUCAAACAUGUUUCUUAUUCUUCAAGAGAGUGCACAAUGGCAGAAUAAGUGUUUUUGUUUUGGGAAAAGGUUUUUAAAGAAAGAAACAAAACUAUGCCCACAAACAAACACUAGACAUGCUGCAUAAAUUGUUGUAUAUGUGUGUGUAUUAGUGUACACACUACAUACAUGUAUUACAUUUUCUAAAUAAUAUUUAUUUGUGUCUGCCAAAUAUAAACUACAUCAUUUCCCUAGAACAUAUCUAUUAAGCUCAAAUAGAUCUGUAUACACUGUAUAUUUUGAUGCUAAAACUUAGUUUGGCUUUAACAGGUUACCAAGAGUGAUAGUUGUGUCCUUGAACCCAAGACUUAAGUUGCAAGCCAGAAAACAAUGUACAGGUAUAUCCUACAGUUAGCAAUAGGAGGCAGUGAGCUGCAACUCACACCUUCAAGUACUCACACCUUCAAGAGAAAAAUAAUGUGGCUAAGGUAACUGUGGAAUUUUAUCCACAACUCUGGUUCUAUUGCAUAAAAGUAUAUUUUAUACUCUUGACAAUAUAGUGUACUGCAUAAAUAUUUCCCAUUAAGCUUCAGGAAUAAUGGGAAGACUUGUGUUUCUACUUUUCAUGCCUGCAACAAACCACCUGAAAUUAUGCCUCAUCACAUGGGAGAUUUGCACAUGAACUGUACUUGGAUUUGGGGAUAAUCCAAAUCAACAUAGGGUAGAAGCAUAUGAGACAGCACAAUUCUAAUCAUGUCUACUCAGAAGAAAGUUCUAUAAAUUCAGUGGGUCUUACUCCCAAGUAAAUGGGGUUAGAUAAGUCCUGCUUCUUAUUCUCCCUCUGAGUUAAUUUAGCUGUCAAUAUUGUGAUUUAAGCCUACACUGCAACAGUCAUCCACUAAUAGUUCUGAUUAUUCUUGGUUAAGUACACUUAAUUUGUGGGGUUUUUUUUACUAUUUUUGUAUUUUCCUGAAAUACUGUCUUAAGAGUGAAAAUUAGAGCAAAAAGUCAAUCACGUUUUGGUUUACAGUUGCAAUUUGAAUGAUAUAGGAAAAUUAGAAAAUGUUAAGGUGGCUUAAUAGUGCCUUGAUGUUGCUUCACAAAGUGCCAAAACAUCAACCUGCUAAAGCCAACAGUCAUAAUAGCUAAUAGGAAAACAUAUGGGUAGAAUAAUCAGGAACAUAGGCAGCUACCUUAUACCAAGUCAGGCUGUUCAGUAGUGUCCAACAGCUCUCCACGGUCUCAGGCAGAGAGUAGUCUGCUGCCUGAUCCUUUUUUAACUGGAGCUGCCUGGGAUUGAAUCUGGGACUUUCUGUAUGCAAAAGCUUACGUUGUACCACUGAACUAAAAUUUCUACCACAGAAAUUGUAGAAUCAAUUGAAACAUUUAAAUUAGGGCUGUGCAAGGCCACCCCGGAUCCAAUUCAGGGCCCGAUUUGGUGAUCCAUAUCUACCUGCAAUCUGGACUCAAUCCAACCUGAUCCAGAAAUCCGAAUCUUUGGUUCUCUGAUUCACUUGCAUUAGGAAACCAAAAUGGACAUAACUUUUUUGUUUUUCACAAAGGUACAUAAAAUUUGGGGACAUGGUAGCCCCUUGAGAGGGGAUUAACCCUGUCAAAUUUCAGCCCCCGGGUUUUUUCUCCUAAUUGCCGUUAAGAUCUGCUUGUUUUCCAACCAAUAAAAUAAAAUAAUUUUUUAAAAGCUGUACAGUCAGCUGAGUGCUCAGUCCUGCCAAUUCCCAUGCUCCUGUUUAGCCUGUUUCACUGCACUUCAGUGUAGUUGCUCAACUCUCCUUGCUAUUUUAGCAUUGUUUUAUGGGAUCUGUGGGUGCCAGUCUGACAAAGGUGUUUCUCCCUUGUCUGCCUGUUCCUCUCUGCCAUUCUCUGCCUGGGACUCUGCCUAUGAAGUAGCAGGGCAGAGUGACUGUUCAAAGUUUGAGAUAUGAUACAUUUGUCCAACAGAACUUACACAAGACAAACUACUAAUAAAGACAGACACAAAACAGAACACAGCUGCAUAGCCCUCCCUUAAAGCAUCUUUCCCCCCAAGCACUGGCUGAGAUUCUAGCCCUGGAUUGGAAGCUACGGCUCUCAGUGAACAAAGACCAACUCCCCUCCCCCCCUCCGUUCUGGCAUUCUCCUUAUCUAGUGUUGCAAUUAAUAAUUGCAAUACUUUGGAGACAGUUUGUCUGCCUUUUUUAGAAACUGUUUUGAGCUCCAGAUCAGCACAAAUCACUACAAACUGAUUUGGGUUGACCCAAACCACUCUGUAGCCACAUUAGCUGCCUCAAACUGAUCCAGACUGGCCACAGUUUGGCAGAAAUUGGCCCGAUGCAGUUUCAUCCGGAUUGGUUGCACAGCCCUAAUUUAAGUAUAAUUUCCAUUUCAUUGCAAUAUGAUCUGUUCCUGAACUUAUUUAUUUUUUGAACAUGAUCAUUUCAUGUUGGGAAAUCCAUUGUUAAUAUAUCUCUUGUGUACAUAUUUUUUGUUGGCCCUAAUGUUUUCUUGCAGGAAAUCGUCAUAGGGUGAAAGUUGCAAAGGACUAGGCUAUCAAGUGAUAACUUGCAAAAUAAGUAGAGACCUUAUUUCAGUCUGCAUCUGUGUUGGAAUUGCUUUUUAAUAUAUUUUUAAACCUUAAAAAAAAGUUUUUAAAGCUUUUUAAAAAAAUGUUUUUAAAGAUGUUUUGUUUUAAUAUGUUUUAAUGGUUGUUGUAUUUAAUAUAUUUUGAAGUCUGCUUUUAUGAUGUUUUAAAGUGUUUUUAGUGCUUUAUUUGCCACCCUAGGCUUCUGCUGGGAAAAAGGGCAGAAUAGAUAUCAAAAUAAAUAAAUAAAUUUAUCAUUUGUACAUGGCCAUUGGAGGAUACUGUCCUUAAUUAAUUUUAUGGUUUUUCUUGAUCUGCUUAAAACCAAAGGUUGAACUUUUAUGUUUCCAAAUCUAGCUGUCCAUAUGUGCAUGUACAGAUUUUUCCUAUAUCAUAGGCAAAUAGGCAGACACUCCCUUACAUGAAAAUUGCUUUUCUUUUCUUUCCUUAUAAUGGCUUGUCAAAUCUGAAAUACUCCUGAUUGGAAUAAAAAGAAAAGAAAGGGCCCUUGGCUCAUCGGGUCACAGGCUAUUUCUGAAACUAAGGCAUUCUGUGCAGGAAGAGCAUCAGGUAAUAAUGGGGGAGGUAGGGAGGAAUGGAAGGUGUCUUUUUGGAAGUAGCAACUGCAGACUGCUGGCUUGGAAUUCAGAUAGGUGCUGUGUGAGGCUUAAGUGCAGUUUGAGUGACAGCACAAUCUGACAUAUGUGUACUCAGAAGUAAGUCCCAUUGAAUUCAAAGUGGGAAUACGAUUGCAGCUUAAGCGUAAUUACAUUGGGCAAUACAGGUUCCUUAAAAAGAGGGGAAGAAAGGGACACCCCCUCCCCAUCCCCUUUAUUGGAGAUGAGAUUAUCUCCCUCCCUUAAUCUAUAGUUGGAUACUAAGACUCCUUUCCCCCUAAAAAAGCAUAACAGAGGGGCUGACCCUUCCCCUCAAAUUUUAACUGUGCUGACUACUUUUGCCCUCUGUGAUAAAAUGGUUAUUGUCUCUGUAAAAUACAUUGAAGACUCUGUUUACAUUUACUGUUAUGGUAUACUAGGGUUUAAUGGAAGAUUUUCACAAAAUGGCUGCUUAAAAACGGCAAUGUUGUAGCCUGUAAUAAGGGACUCUGCACUAGGAGGUCCCCUCUGUACGAUGUAGGAAUUGGGCAUUUGGAAUUCCCUCCUGUUACAUAUCAGACAAGCAUCGUCUCUCUAUUGCCUCUUCAGUGCACAUUAAAGACCUUCCUUUUUCAGCCUUUUUAAGUGGAUAUUUUUAUUCUAGU